AUGAUUGAUCAAUUAGAAAGUCCGCCAUUGACGAAUUUGAAGUGCCACUAUGAAGUACCUAUUGUUAAGUAUAUCUAUCCUUUGGAUAGGAUUACAAUGGACUUCAGGACAUUCUCUAUCGAAAUUAGAACGGUGUCGCGCUAUGAGAGUGAAAGAAUAGCGAGUGCACCUGUGUCCAAGCAAAUGAGCCUGAAAACCCCAUCCGACCAGGUGUACACGGUACAAGAGAACCAAGAUGGUAGCUCUUUAACGGUUUCUGGUCCUAAAGUAAAGAAAUCGACUCUAAGAGAAAUCAUCUACUAUCAUAUUAUAGAAAGACCUUUUGGUAACGCUGAGGAUUCGAACAAUGAGGCUGGCCAGCCAGAGGAUGAUCCUAAGCUGGAUGUAAGGGGCAAGCAUUCUGAAAAUGAUCCUUCAGAAAUCGUGACUGAAAUGACACCUGAGGAAGCUGCGGAAAACGACACACAGAAUUCUGUCAAUUUUCCCGGAGAGCAAAGCAGACGGAAACGAGAUGUCUCAAGAAAAGUUCAGAAAGAAUCUCGAGAGGGCUCGUAUAAGCCUCGGCGUAGCUUCACAAAUGGACAAGGAUAUCAAUUUCUGCCGUCCGAUGAAGAUUAUGAUUCUCCAGAGGAAUCGAACGAACCGCGACGUAACUUCACCAAUGGACAAGGAUAUCAAUUUCUGCCGCCCGAUGAAGAUGAAGAUAAUGACUCAAAAUACCCUGACAACUAUGACGGAGUGAAAACCAGACGGAAACGAGAUGUCUCGGAAAAAGCCAAGCGACAUCCCUCAAGAGGUCCUAGAGUAUCUCGUCCCAAACUUGACAAGCUACCGAGAUAUAUUGAGAAGCUGUUGUCAUCAGCAGAGAAAACUGUCACUGAAAAACCUGUUAUUGUCGAGAACAGAACUGCAAUCAAUUCAUAUAAGGACAAAGCUGAUGGCAAUGUGUCAUCGGAUGCAAAGAAAGAUAUCAAAACAUAUGGAGUUGACCUAAAUGGCAAAGGAGGAUCCGUUUGGAAUAACCUAAACGACCCUCCCGUGUAUUUCCAUGUCGGUUAUGGAGACAGCAAUGAGGAUAGUGCGUCCGGCAGCACCAGCAAUGAAGACUCAGCCUCCAUCAGCACGGACAUCAGCUCAGGCUCAAUCCAAGUGGAUUUCAAUUCAGAUUCCAGUGAAUCAGCCGCUCAGUCAGGUGGUGAAUCAGGCAGCGAUGAGAACUCUGGAAGCUACCUCGUCAAUUCCGAAGAAGUUCCUGAUGCCAGCAACUCUGAUGAGAGCAAUGAAUCUGGUGAUGGUGAAAGUGGUAUAAAUUCUGGGGAUAGUGGUGAUAUCAGCAGCUCUGUUAGUGAUAUUGAUUCUGGUGUUUUGUACAGCGAAUCUAUUGAAGAUAAUGGCGGUUCGAAUGAAGAUAUUAGUACAGGAGAUCUGUUUGUUAAACCUAUUAGAGGAUCAGACGAGAGUAAGAUCGGUUCGGACGAAAGUGGUCGUGUUUCUGAUGAGAGUGGUAGUGGGUCUUAUGAAAGUGGUUCAGCAGAGAAUGAUGGGGACAAUCUAAUUAUUGGUGAAGUUACUAAAGAACCACCUACAGAUAUAGUUAAGAAAUUCGAUCAGAUACUCACAGAUUUACACAACAUUUUUGUGAAAGGGAAUGCUUCUAUAGAUAUUCCUCAAAAGGAAGAUAUUAAAACUAUUGAUGUAAAUAGUGUAAUAAAUAGCAUAUUUGGUGAACCCAAGAACAAAACUGAAAUUCUUCGACCAGGCAUUGAAGUUAAAGACAAGGAUCCAAAGAAUCCUAAUAUGGUAAAUGUAUUGGAAGGAUUAUUCACGAACAUAAUCAAGAAUAAUAUUGUUAUUAACAAUCCGCCUGCUGAUUUAGCAAACAAACUAGAAGAUAUUAACGCUGAAAAGGAUAAAACAGAUAAACCUAAAGGUACUACAGAAAAACCUAAGAUCGAACAACAUAAGCCAGCUAUAACAGAAUCUCACAAAGAAAAAGAGACUGAAAAACCGAAACACGAAGAAAUAAAACAUACAACAGAAAAACCGAAAGAAAUUAAAGCAGAAAGGCCAAUUACAAAGAAACCAGAAGACGUAAGUUCAAUAGAAAAACCUAUUGAAAUGAUACCCGAUGAUAUUGCUCCUAAAAAAGAUGAAUUCGAUGAUGAAAAUCCUAUAGAAUCAAAACCUAAAAAUGAAAAGGAUGACAAAGAACAUAAAAAUGAGAAAAUACAUGAAGAAAAUGAACGCCCUAAAAAUAACAAGGAUGAAAAAGUAAAUAAAAAUGAGAAAAAUCAAAAAGAAAGUGAACGUCCUGAAUACAAAAAACCUAAUGAAAAACACUACAGUAUAGAAGAGGUUGAUAAACCUAAAACUACGACGAAGAAGCCUAUUCUUAAGGAGAAAGAUAUUGAAAAACCAUUGGAAGAUAAAACUGAUAAACCGGAAGAUGAUACUAAAGUUCCCGUUGAGAAGCCUAAAGAGGAAAAGUGUCCUGUCCAAAAUAACAAGGACAAUAAAGAAGCUGAAAACAAUACUAAACUGGAUUACAUGAUGGAUCUGAUAAACAAUGAAAAAUUCUGGGCUUUCAUGGGCGACUUGGGAUCCAAAUAUAUUGCAUCUCUAUCGGAGCGCACAACUAAGUUCAUCAAAGAAGAAAUAGCAGCUCAAGUUAAGAAAUAUUUCGAUGAACAUAAGCCAGUCACUGAGAAAACUCCAACAUUAAAUACUAAAAAGGACACAGAAAUCAACAAACCUGAACACCUUAAAAAUGUACAUGAAGGCAAUGAAGAUAAGAAACCAAUUGAAGACAAAAUUGUAGAACCAAAACAUAACGAAGUAGAUACACAAUUAGAAAAGUCUAGAAAAGAUGCACCUAAGAAUACUACGUCCGUUCACGUUAAAGCUAAAACAGUAUAUGGCAAUACUGUUGGCAAUGAUAAAGUAACUAAUGUCUAUAUUUUCUAUGCUAACAAAAACAUGGAUGAUAUAAUGAAUAACAUUAAAAAUCUUGUAAAUGGAAAUAAUAGUACUAACAUAUUUACUUUUGGCGUUAACAAGCCUGCUCAUGAUAUUCACAAAAAUAUUGUCGAUAAAAAGCCACAUGAAAAUGAAAUACACAAACCAACAGAACCACCGAAAGUUACUCACAAAGAACCAAGUAUAGAUAUUGAAGAACCGGACAAUCAUAAAAUUGAACAUGGUAAGAGACCACACCCUGGUAUAAACAUCGAUAAAGAUAAAGAUACCGCUGAAGAAAAACCACACAAUGAAAAACAUAAGCCUACAGAAUCACCAAAUGUUAGCUCCGAAGUAACUGAACCAACUAACGAUAGUGAAGAACCAGUGGAGACUAAAACAGAGCCUGAUAUUUUUGAUGAUUUAGCAAAGAAACAUAGACCCAGACCUGGGAAAAGACCUCAUAAUCAUGAGAAACAUAAAACUACGAAAUCACCAAUAGAAAUUGUAACUGAACCAAAUGUUGUUCCUGAAAAACAUAGGCCUAGGCCUAACAAAAGGCCACAUAACCAUGAUAAACAUAAGCCAACAGAAUUACCUAAAGUCACUGAAACAGUCACUGAACCUGCUAUAAAUAAUGAAGUUCCUGAAGAAAAUAAAACUGAACCGAGUGUUAAUGUAGAUUUACCAGAAGAAAAUAAAGAACCGAGUAUAAAUACUGAAGAACCGAUUGAAAAUGAAACUGAGCCGAGUAUUUCAGUGACUGAAAGUUCCACUGAAACCACUACACAAGUACAUGAAGAAACUAUUCCAUCCGUUGAAGAGCCUGUAACAGAUGCGAAUAAUAAUAAAGAUAACUCGAUAUUAGAUAUCACUACAGAACACACUUCAAAUGAAAAUGAUAAUGGUCUAGUAAUUACUACAGAAUCAGAUCGAGUUACACCAAAUGAACUACCCAACGAUAUUACGGAAAACGCUACAGAUAUUACUCCCACAUUUGAAGAUAUAACAGAGUCUACUGAUGUAGUAACUGAGGCUGGAGAUAAAAUUACAGCGGAUUCUAACUUAGAUAUAGAAAAAGAUAAAGAAGUUACUGAACAACCUACCACAGUCAAUGAGGAAGUACCAGUAACAGAACCUAAUCCAGCCACUGAGGUAACACCAGAAAUAGCUUUAGAUUCUUCUGAAGGCAAAGCUCCACUGCAAGAAAAUUCUUCGGAAAAUAAAGAGCCUAAAGUACCAGACGCGUCAGUUGAGAAAACUGGAAAUUCCGGAGAAAAGGACAUAACAAAAGAUGAACCAAAGAAAGACUCUUCCGAGAAAAAAGAGAUUUCAAAAGAAAAAGAUUCUUCCACAGAAAAAUCUGGGGAAAACAAGGAUACUAACGCUGAAAACCAACCUAUAUUGCCUGAAAAUAACGUUUCGGCUGAGAAAAAAGACUCAUCGGUAGAGAAACCCGCUGAUAACGAAGUUUCCACUGGCAAGGAUGCCUUAGUUGAAGAUAAGAAACCACUGACUGAAAACGUAGAUAAACCUACUGAAGAAAAAGUUACAUCAAGCGAAUUACCUGCUGAGAACAAAGGCGAUUCAGGUGAGAAAAAAGAUUCAUCUACAGAGAAAAAAGAACCACUGGAUGAAAACAAAGAUAAACCUAAUGAAGAAAAAGCCACAUCUGUAGAAAUACCAGCUGUAAAUAAAGAGGUUUCCAAUGAAGUAAAACCUACAUCAACAGAGGAUGCAAACGAUGCUGAUAAGAAGAAAGAUGUUUCCGCAGAAAACAAAGAUACAACUGAGAAAAAUACCACAACUGUUGAAGAACCUGUAAAGAAAGAUGAAUCGGUUGAGAAAAAAGAUAUCUCUACUGAAAAGCCAGACACCCCUGAGGAGAAAAAAGAUACAUCUGCUGAGAUAAAGAAUGGUUCUCAGGAGAAAAAUGCCUCCGCCGAGAAGAAAGUUGACUCUGCCGAAAACAAAAUUGAUUCAGCAGAGAAAAAAGAAAAUUCUUCGGAAAACAAAGAAGCUUCAUCUGAAAAAAAAGAUAACCCUGUAGAUAACGCAUCAGUGGAGAAGAAAGUAGACUCUGAUGAGAAGAAAGUGGAUUCUGGUGAGAAGAAAGUAGACUCUAGCGAGAAGAAAGAUAUAUCUACUGAAAAGAAAGAUGAUGCUGUAAGCAAAGACGCUUCUACUGAGAAAAAAGAUGAUUCAACAGAGAAGAAGAAUGCGUCUGAAGAGAUAAAAGCGGGCUCUGCGGAGAAGAAAGAUGCUUCUGCUGAAAAGAAUGGCUCUAAUGAGAAAAAAGAUACAGUUGACUUAGAUAACCCAACUGACAGUAAAAACAGCAAAACUGAAAGCAAGGAUGCUUCUACAGAAAAUAAAGGUAAAGAUGAUUCCAUAAAGAAUGACAAUAUAGACAAAUCUACUGAGAAAGAUGCAAAUAUAGACAGUAAGGAAGCUACUGUUGACAGUAAAAAUGUUUCAGCUGAAAACGCAGAAGGUACUACUGAAAAACCCGAUUCUGAUGUAACUACUGAUGCGGCUGUUGAGAAAAAUGAUGCUUAG